CAUUUUUGGAAUUUUUGCGCUCUCCGGGGGGGUGGUCAUGGAUCUGUUCAUGGGUGAGCUAAACGGCAGGCUCAGAGUUUCAGUCGCAGAUUCAACCAUGAUGUGGAUUGUGCACGAGGCGAUGCACAAGGCCCACGAGAAGGUCAAGGCGAAGGGCGUGAUCUCCCGCCUCAACGAGAUAUCCAAGUUCUACGAGCUCGCCGUGAUUCAACUGGAAGGGUGCUUGCGGUUUGUCCAGGAAGAGGCAGAUUCCGGCGCUCUCGAGACCCCUCACCAGGAUCUGCUCACCGACUUAGCCGAGAUCAGGAACCAUCUCCAGGGCCGCCUCGUUGAGUCGGAGAUGGCGAUCUUGGAGAAGGACGCGGAGUUGGCAGAGAGGCUGGAGAGCGAGAUCAGGCUCAGACACGCGCUGCACAUGAAGGAGAUGGAGCUGGCUUCUUUGAGGAGUGAAGCGGAGCUUCAAAGGGGAUCGAGGAUCGGGGGUGCUGAGGACUCGAGUUCAGGCAAUGUUUGGGGUAGCGGUGGAGAAGAGAGCAGAGGAGGUGAGUUUUGUGAGCUGAAGAUUUCUGUGGAUCAACAAGUGUGGAACAUCAAGCAGAAACUCGAUUCUGAUUACAAUAAUCAAGUGGUCGAUGAAGCGAAAGAACGUACACAUAGGAGUUCUAGUAACACGAUGAUCGAGCGAAUGGGGUCCGACAUCGACACCCUGAAAGAGACUCUGGAUCUUGCUUUUGGGAAGAUGCAGAUCGCCAUUUCCUCCUCGGAGAUGGGGCCAAUGGAGCAAGAAUGGAGGUGGGGCAUCGAGAAGGAUAUCAACAUCGUGUUGAUAAAAGAGUUCAUCAGGGGUAUUCAGGAACAUUGCGAGUUGGCGGACUCGAGAAGGGUUGCAAAGCGAGCCCCAAGUACGGUUUUUGGAGAGGAUUGGUCUGGUCUUAUGCACGAAAUUGCACUGCUACGCUAUGAACUCGGGUCUUUGAUCAGCCAAAGUGAUGUCAACUUUGUUGGGGAGGCAAGAGGCGGCGAGCCAUUAUUUACCAAGACAAAGUCCGAAAGCAGCAUCCCAAAAGAAGCAACGGAAUUACUAGGCAAUGCUCCAUCGAAGAUUGGAAAUGAAGGCUGCGAGAGGAAGCAGCGACAGGGAUAUGAUGGAGAAGACGAGGAGAGCCACCUAGUUGCGCGGAUGAUAAAGAGUCACGAGUCGAUUAUUCAACAAAGGAGAGAGGAGCUGAAUUGGCUCAAGAGCGACAUUUUUCUCAGAAAGGGGUGUUCUUCUAAUUGGAAAGAGAAGGAUCCUAGUGGAUCAAACAGAAGGAUCGAAGAAGUGAUCUGGAGGUUGGACGAAAUCCUGAAGCGAAAUUCGAAGCUAAGCGAAAGAAUUAGUGGCUACUGUGGAGGUGCUUGCGAGGAGGAAAAUUACCAGGAAACUAUGUCUGACAAAGUGGAGACAUAUGCGGAUAGUCAGGGAACUGGUGCUCGUGCAGGAUUAGUUAAACAAGGGGACAGAAGUCGAGUUCCAUGUGAGGCAGAUUCGAUGAGAAGCGAUGAAAUAAGGAGUGUCAGAGAAGAAAAGGAGCUGAUAGAUUUGCAGAGCAUUUUAGUGGAUGAGAUCUACAUCACACUGCUGAAGAGUAUGCAAAAUGAAUGCCAUGCCGAGUUAUUUGAUUAUGAGUUAGAUUUUCUGAUAAGGCAAGGCAUACUCUGUGAUCUAGUGAAGGAAGCGACUCUAGAGCAGAGCGAAGAAAUAGCUAGGAACAAGAUUGAGUCCUGGGUCAGGGAAGAGCUGUAUUCCACAUUUCUCCUCGAAUCGACGAAAUAUCAGAGAUGUGCUUAUUGCUUGAAGAUGGCAAUUUAUGAUGAUCGGGAUGUCAGAGAUAAGGUUAUGUUCCCCGGAAAUCCUGCUACUCCCAUUCCUGGGAAUUAUAAUUUGCAAGACCAGAUGAAUGAUGUCGUGCAUGCGGUUGUCCUACGUGAAAUCCUAAAGGAACGGCAUGACGCUGUCGAAGAUUUUGUAAACGAGAUCCUUGUCACAGAAGAAAUUGGUCAUAUUGUCUCCGGCGAGAUAAUUAAAGAUAUGGUUGAAGGGGCUAAUUCCAGAUCGAAUCGACAUGGAGAGUUAUAUCGUAUAGAAGAUGGAUUAUAUGAAACUGCUGAUCAAAGCGCUGAAUAUUCCAGUUUAGAAUGCGCAUUGAAGGAAAAUGUAUUCAUGGUUUUCCUAAGAGAGACCACCAAGGAAUGGAGAGAAAAGAUAGAUGCUUGUGUCAUUGAGAGAAGUAUUUCUGAAAAAGAGAUGCAUCAGUUUGUCGUCGCUCAGUCUUUGAGACACGCUUGUGAUCACUCCAGACAAGCUGAAUCGCAGAAAAGAGUUACUGUUGUAAGCCCGGAAGGUUUGGAUGUAGAUGAGGAAUUCGCGACCACUACGAGUACUCAUUUCGAGAAACAAAACGAGAUCAAUAUUCCCCAAGAGUCGUCAAUCAAUGAGGAAAAUGGUUUUGCUCCUGAGAGAGUUCAAAGAGUACUAAACGACUCGGAAUAUAGUUUUCGAGCAGAAGGCAGGGGCAUUCAGGAGGCUCAGGUUCAGGAGACUUUAAACAUGGGCACCGUCAAUGAUCAAAAGCCUUCCAUGGUCGAACCAAAAGAAACUGGUUCUAUGCAGUUUGUUCCCUCACAUUUGGUAUCUCAACCUCUCCAGGACUUUUCAGAAGCAAUAUCAGAUCUGCAGCGAAAAUCGCACGAUCGUCUAGGGAAGAAUAUCAAGAGUUUGGAUGCAUAUACCCUCUCCUUGUUCAAAGUCGCUAGCAGGACAACACGAAGCCUAUUUCCUUGGAUAACACGGGAUUACAAAAGAAUGCUUGAACUUCUCUCGAGCGAAAUCAUGUAUGUUCUUCUUUACAGGCUACACGACAUGAAGAGCCAAUUACAUGCCUCAUUUGAGCUAGUUGACUCGCUCAGGAGAAGAGAAAUGCUUUACAGGAAAGCCUUCAUCAGGAGAUGCCAGAAUCUUCAGAAGGCCGAGACCGAGGUGGAUUUACUGGGCGACCAAGUGGAAGCGCUUCUUGAAUUGCUCGAGAUGAUAUAUGCAAAGCUUCGCCAAUCCCCUGUUUUCGAGAAGCAUUUCGAGAUCUCUGAAAUUCUUGGGCUGAUCAAGAAAGAACUGAUAAACCGGAACGAUCAAAGCGCCUAAAAGUUGCUCGAGGGGAUCACUUAGGAUCACUCUUUUCUUAAGCAUCCUUGGAAACGGCAAUGGGA